AUGAAGGGAGACCACCAGAGGCAGCUUGGCGGCCAUGAAGAGCGGUUGAAAGAUCAGAUGAGAGAUGAACAUCGAGCCUCGGAUGGCAAUUUUUUCAAGUUCUUGCAAAACCAGUCAAGCACAAAAAAAGAGGCUCAAGAAGACAAGAUUGCAUCCACGAGGGCAGAGAUGGGCGAAGUGAGAAAAGAGAACGAGAGGCUGAAGACGAUGCUGUCACGGAUGGUGGAGGACCAUCGAUCCCUUCAGAAGCAGUUGGAUGUUCUCCACCAGCAAGGGCGGGGCAAGAACCUCGCUGUGGGCUCACCGGCGCACACAUCGCCUUCCAACGACGUCAAGGAGCCCGGGUUCGCCUCUUUGCGCCUCGGAACGAGUGCCGGCACGAGCAGGCAGAACAUGGGAGAAAAGAUAAAGAGAGGCACUAAUAAUCCAGAAAGCAGAGACAUGUCUCUUGAACUAUCACCAGGCUGCAAAGCUGUUGGUGUAGCCGGUCAAAGUGAGACGAAGGUGCAUCGGGAUGCGCUGACGUUGAGCCCUGGAGGCAGCUCCAAGGAGGAGGCCGUGGAGACGACGACAACGUCAGCCGCAGCGAGCAAAAUGGUGAAGAACCCGAGAAGCACCGGCAGUGGUGUGGAGGCGGAGGACGAAGUGGCCCAGCAGCCACUGGCCAAGAAGGCCAGGGUGUCUGUGAGGGCUAGGUGUGACACGCCAACGAUGAAUGAUGGAUGCCAGUGGAGGAAGUACGGUCAAAAGAUAUCCAAAGGGAACCCGUGUCCGCGCGCCUACUACCGCUGCACCGUCGCAACGGGGUGCCCCGUCAGGAAGCAGACCAUGCAUUUAUGUUUUUCCCCAGGUGCAGAGAUGUAA